AUGGUUUCAGUAAGAAAAAGAAAGAUGGCAAGGUCAUCAGUAAAGAAAAAUACAAGAAGAGUAAAAGAUAAACAAAGAGACAUAAAUAUAUAUUCAAAUCCAAUUAUAGCUAAAAAUUGGGAUAAAUCAUUGACUUUAAAACAAAACUAUAAGAAAUUGGGACUUACUUCCAAACUAAAUAAACCUGCAGGUGGAGUUGAGCAGAAGAUUGAAACUUUAACUGAUUUGAAAAAGAAAUAUAAAAAAUUACAAGAACAAAACCAAAGUGUAAGUAUUGAAGAUAUUGAAAACACUGAAGAUCCUUCAAGAAUACCCGAAGGUGAAGCAAGAAUAGUGAGAGAUCCUAAAACAAAUGAAGUAUUAGAAGUGAUAUAUGGAACGAUGAAAGUAGAAGAAACUGAAGAAGAACCAAAACAAGAAAACUCAGUUAUCAAAGAAUUAGAAGAAUAUGCUUCACAGCAUGCUAAACCUAAAAGGGAGAGACAUCUCUCUGAAAGAGAAAAUGAAUGGGCUCAAAAGCUAUACGAAAAAUAUGGUGACGAUUAUGAUAAAAUGAAAUGGGAUAAAAAAUUGAAUAUAUAUCAACAAUCCGUUGGAGAUUUAAAACGAAGGAUAGGAAAAUGGAAGAAAGCAAAUAAAAUUGUAUAA